CUCAAUCCCACCUCAUUGUUAUUCCAAUGAAGAAACCGGGAUGCAAGAGAGAAUGUGUUAGGGGCCAAGCAGAGGCAAGAAUCCAGGCUCCAGAAACAAGAUCCCAUGCUCCUUACCUCGGGCCUAUCCUCUCUGCAUCACGUUUCGGGGGCUGAUUUUUCAACUUUACACCACCACCCCCAUCACUUGGCCAGCAUUCCAGUCCCGGGGGUUCCAGGCAACAAACCAUAAUGGAAAGUAUAUCCUAAAAACAAAGUCAGACAAACAAAUACCAUCUGGGUGCUCAGGAAUCCAGCCAUUUGCUGGCUCCUUUCCUUUUCGGGCUGGUAAUCAGAGCAAUGGCACCAGAGGGAUAAUAUGUUCCUACUUUUCCUUCUAAUCCAGGACACCUGUUUCUUCUUUGGGGAAUGUGUAAUAUUUGGGGCUUCUUCUCAACAUGUGACCAGCCACCUGUUGCUCAUGCCUUUCCAAAUUGGCCUCUCGAGUUUGGGGCUGGCCAACUGGACAACCCCCCCAACACACACACACAGACAGUAAAAUGCAGGCAUUUGCAAUAUACUAAAUUUGAAGAGUCUGGAGCCUCUUAGGAAUUAGCAGUUCAAGACAGUGCCCUCAAGCAGACUAUACAUCAUGACACCUCCCCCCUUCAGUAUGACAGCUCUUGUACACUGUCAGAAGUCUUUGAAGGGAAAGGAAGGCUGGAGGUCACCAUGGUCUGUCGCUUUAUUUCACCUCUACUGCCAUUCAUUCAUUCAACAAGUAUUUAUUGACCACCUGCUACGUGUCACUCACUGCCAAUCAUCCACUCAUCUGUUCACCCCACAAACAUGGAUGGGGCCUCUGCUGACAGCAAGAUCCCAUGCUGGAUGCUACAGGAGAGCCAGCAAUGAAUAAAGCUCAGCCCCUGCCCGGAGGAGCUUCUAAUUUAGUUAGGGUCAUGAAUCCACAAGCCACUGUGAUUUGAGGUCGUAUGUGUUAAGAAAGAUACAAAGAACUAUGGACCGCAGAGAAAAGAGAAGUCACUCCCUGUUGGCAGGUAAGAAAGGUUGCAAGAAGAUGCCGUGUGAGAUCUGGACCUCCUUGAGGAAUGGGUAGGAUUUGGACCGGCAGAAGGAGCGGGAGUGGUUGAUCGAUGGAGCAGCAUAGAGCCUGGGUCACCGGAGGCGGGUCCUCCUGGCUGCUGUGUAGGGCAGAUGUGCUGCCGAGGGAGUAAACAGAGGUGAGGGGUGACGAGAGAGCUACUAGAUGUGAAAGGUCUGAGCCUUUGUUAUUUUGCUGGCCCGUAGGUUCUGAGGUUUGGCACCCCAUCUGCAAACAGGCAGCCCGGGCAGAGAAGAAGUUAAAGCAUAGGCGGACGUCCGAAACUUCCAUCUCACCCCCUGGAUCCAGCAUUGGGUCACCCAACCGAGUCAUCUGCGACAUCUACGAGAACCUGGACCUCCGACAGAGAAGGGCCUCCAGCCCAGGAUACAUCGACUCCCCCACCUACAGCCGGCAGGGCAUGUCCCCCACCUUUUCCCGCUCGCCUCACCACUACUACCGCUCCGGGCCCGAGAGUGGCCGGAGCUCUCCAUACCAUAGCCAGUUAGAUGUGAGGUCCUCCACUCCGACCUCUUACCAGGCUCCCAAGCACUUUCACAUCCCAGCUGGAGAAAGUAACAUCUACCGGAAACCCCCGAUCUACAAACGGCAUGGUGAUCUGUCAACAGCAACCAAGAGCAAAACAAGUGAAGACAUCAGCCAGGCCUCCAAGUACAGUCCAGCCUACUCACCGGACCCCUACUAUGCUGCAGAGUCCGAGUUCUGGACCUACCAUGGGUCCCCCAAAGUGCCCCGAGCCAGAAGGUUCUCAUCUGGAGGAGAGGAGGACGAUUUUGACCGCAGCAUGCAUAAGCUCCAGAGCGGAAUCGGCCGCCUGAUUCUGAAGGAGGAGAUGAAGGCCCGGUCCAGCUCCUACGCGGAUCCCUGGACCCCACCCCGGAGCUCCACCAGCAGCCGGGAGGCCCUGCACACAGCUGGCUAUGAGAUGUCCCUCAAUGGCUCCCCUCGGUCCCACUACCUGGCUGACAGCGAUCCCCUCAUCUCCAAAUCCGCCUCCCUGCCUGCCUACCGAAGGAACGGGCUGCACAGGACACCCAGUGCAGACCUCUUCCACUAUGACAGCAUGAACGCCGUCAACUGGGGCAUGCGAGAGUACAAGAUCUACCCUUAUGAGCUGCUGCUGGUGACCACAAGAGGAAGAAAUCGGCUGCCCAAGGAUGUGGACCGGACACGUUUAGAGCGCCACCUGUCCCAGGAGGAGUUCUACCAGGUCUUCGGCAUGACCAUCUCCGAGUUUGACCGGCUGGCCCUCUGGAAGAGGAACGAACUGAAGAAGCAGGCCCGGCUGUUCUAGGCAGGGGCUCUAUAAAUAUAUAUGCAUUUAUAUAAAGAUAUAUGUAAAAUCUCUAUCCUGAAGCUCGGUAUAAUCCUCUCUUGUGUAACAGGACACACUGCCUGCCAUGAGACUUGCUUUUCUGUACUGUCAGGCAAGCCCACGUCAUCGAGAUAUUUUUAUGCUCCUUACUUUAUCUUUUCUAAGUGCUCUGGGGUUUGGGAAGGGAUUUGAGGAGACUCCCAUCCUUUUACUGGGGAUCCUUUUUAUACUGAAACAUCUGUCCUAACCUGAGUCCCCCAAGGUCCAACUCUCUUUCCUAAAGGAGGUGCCUGAAGAAGUCUCUCUUCUCUCUGCUUCUCGGCUCUUUCCCCAGUCUCCAGGGUGGAUGCUGACCAUGCAGUUUUCACACCUUACUGGCCCCAGAGGGGCCCUCACACGGGAGGAUCCACAGCGAUCUCCCAAAGUCACUGAGCACCUUUGAGAGCCCGUGAAAAAUUUUCUCAUCUCCCGCAGUUAGGAGUUCAGUGCUCUCUGGGGGGUGAUGCACUUCGCCGUGGGGGCCUCGGAUCUACUCAAUACAGCAGCACACAGAAGUGGCUAGGGCCUUGGCCUCUCUGAAGCUCCUCAGUCCUCCUCCUUCUGCCCUGGAUCCUAACCUCUCCCUUGUCCAAGUCUCAUGGUAGGAGAAGACAAGGCACUUCCCUUCCCCCCACCACUUCCAACUGGCCCCUUUGCCUGGCCCCGACAUGGAGACAAGGGAAGGCAUGGGAGCUGGCAGCAGGGGCCAGAGCAGGGCACCUGUUAGCACUGGAGCUGCAGGACCUCUUGCAACCCUCCGCUCGCCCUCACUGCUCCCAGCACCUCCUGACCCUUCCGCCCCACUUUGGAGGAGAGGCCCAUUAUUACAGCCCGUAUUCUUCAGCCUUACUACGAUCUAUGUGCCUGACAACUCAACACACCACAGGGCUAACGUUCCCAUCAUAGUUCCAACAGAACAACUAGACAGACAACCUCUAACACCCCUCUAAACAUAAUACAGGCCACGUCCCAAAGAAAGCUUCCUGGUCUAUGCCCGCUGGUCCCUGAGCUAGAAGGGCAACUGAACCAGUCCCCCACCAGUCAUCAGCUCCCACUUCAAAGUUGGCCGUGUUUCAUAGGGGAAACCUUUGGAAGAAUGGCUGCUUAUGGAAUUCCAAAAUGAAGCAGUGGCCAACACUGCUCAUGAUCACCCUGGUUUUCCCCGGUGGCUGCUUUCCUGCCCUCUUGCCUUCUUGAACAGGGAUGAAAGCUUGACGUUAACUUCUCUCCUCCCUUCCCCAAACCUUUGACCCCUAGUUGGUGAUGUUUGGUGGGGUCUGUUCCUUCUUGGAGAUGCCUUGAUGUAGAUCAUUUUAAGGUCAUAGAGGGAAGAUGAAGAAGUGGAAAUAUGGAAAUAACCAUUAGGACUCUCAAGAGGCUGGUGAUGUAACGUGGCAAAUAGAGAACAGAUUCCAAUCCAGCAAACCCUCACUGAGCACCUGCCGAUGCUGAGCACCUGCUGUAUCCUGAGCACUGAAUGGGGGAGGGAGAUGGGGACACUGAGAUGAUCAACACAGGAUCUGGGCUGGGGGGCAUGCCUGCUAACCCUGGGUGUUGUCAGGCAUGGACUCACACAUGAUGGAUGCAAGGCAGGAAGUGAUGGGAGGUGGCAUGAGAACGUGUUUGUGAAAUUACUGAGAAAGCAGAUGCAAGUUGGUGCAGACCAAGGAACACUUUCUGGAAGAGAUUGCAUUUGAGCAAAGUUCAGGAAGGAUCUUUGUAAACUGAAAGGAGACUGUAACUUGAAAGGGUGAUAGGAUGAGGAGCCAGAAGGAGGUCUAAUAUACUCUCAUUUAAAACAUCAACCCUCUCUGCAACUCUCUUUUUGGCCAGUGUCUUUCAACUGUCCUGACCCCUUAGAAAUGUCCCCAGCCAGACGCAAUCAUCAAAACUGCCUCUUUUUCACUGGUUGAGAACUUGGCAAGAUGAAGGGCUUUUGUUAUUGUUGUUGGGUAUUUUUGUUUCCCAUAAAAGCACAUAAUUUCAACCCAGA